AUGCAGUCCUUCCAGCAGUUCACCCAAACUCACUUCUGGGCUGUCAGGGACUAUCUCGCACCAGUCCUGAGGGAAUCCAAAUUCAAAGAACAUGGCCGAAUCACACCGGAGGAAUUUGUGGCAGCCGGCGAUUUUUUGUGCUACAAAUUUCCCACCUGGUCUUGGGAAGCAGGCGAUGGAACCAAACGACGAGACUUCCUGCCCGAGAAUAAACAGUACUUAAUCUCUCGAAAUGUGGCUUGCUUGCGUAGGGCUUCUCAGAUGGUCUACACCGACAAAGAUGAAGACGCAGAGACAAUGAUGAGCUUUGCUGCCGAAGGCGCUGUUGGAGCAGAUGAUGAAGAAUGGGCGGUGACACAUACCACUCGACCGACCCAAUCUGCCGCCCAUGAUAUCGGCGACAUCCCCGAUCUAGACCAUAACGUCAACUCGCUCUCCUUGUCAGCCGAUACCGGAGCCGGCCGUAAUCCGGAUCCGUCGAAUAACGCUGAGGAAGCCAUACCCAAUCUAGAUGACAUCCCAGAUAUGGAUGAUGACUUGGGUGAUGCCGGUGGGGUCGUCGAGGCUGAGGAUGAUGCAACGGCAAGCACUCAAGCUGCCGCCAACCAACAGACUGAACUUGGACAAAACAACCCCAGUAACCUCGUCAGCGUUCGUACCUAUGACUGUCUGAUCACUUAUGACAAAUACUAUCAAACACCCAGAAUGUGGUUAAUGGGCUACGAUGAACACAAAAGACCCUUGACGCCAUCCCAAACGUUUGCAGAUAUUUCGUCAGACUAUGCGCAGAAGACGGUGACGAUCGAGCCCUUUCCGCAUCUGAAUGGGCUGAAUCUGGCCUCAGUCCAUCCAUGUAAACAUUCGAGUGUGAUGAAGAAGAUGAUCGAGAGGAUGGAUGGAAGUUUCAAGGAAGCCCAACAGAAGCACUCCUCCAGUGGAGCCGGUAAUGGUGGCUCGAUCAGUAAGAAGAAAGGCUGGAUCGGCGGGGUGGUCAAGAAGGCCACCGGCGGCGGUAGCAGUGGUAGCGGCAGCUCCAAGGAUAAGAAGGCUGGAAACCCGGCUACGAGUCCCACCAGCACGGCUAACGCCCUCAGCCCGGACUCUCAGGAACCCGAAAUCGAAGGCUUGAGAGUCGACCAGUAUCUAUUGGUGUUUUUGAAAUUCAUCUCGUCCGUCGUACCGACAAUCGAAAUCGACAGUACAACAAGCGUUUAA